AUGGAUUCUAACAUCCAUAAAUUACAAUUAUAUAUCACGCUCAACUCUCUUCGAAGUCAAUUUGGAGGAAAGCAGGGCUGCAAUCGAUGUUGCUGGGGGUCAUCAUUACAACCUAUGUUGAACCUAAACUCUCAUCAACUAAAUAAGGCAUCUAAGGAAAGUGGUUUAUUGGCCUAUUUAUAUAUCGCAUGGGAAAUCGGACAAGGGCAAACAGCCGAACAGCAAAAUCGACCAUCGGUGAGGAAAGCGAAGCGACCAGCAGUGCUUUAUAUUCGACAUUCGUUGUUACAUCAGAAGGAAAAUUCUUUCCUAAGCCAUUUGUACAGCCAUGUAAGGUGA